AAAAUCUUCAACGUUUCAAAUGCCAAGCUCACAAGCAAAGCAAAGGUCCUCUUCUCGUAGUUGGCACUUAAAGCCACAACCCGCAAGUUAUUCCCAAAGCAAAAGAAGAAGCAAAACUAGCAAAGCACCCAAGAUUUCAGGAGCUUCCUUUCCUUCUUUUCCUUCUAUCAGUUAUAUGUACAGUAAAAGCUUAUUUAAGCAGUGAAUACGCAAUUUUCAAUUUUGUGUAGAAAAUUGGGUACUCGGAGAUGAGUACUCUUGCUGCUGCUUCUUUGCUUCCUUCAGAGUUUAAACCUUCACUCUCUUUAUCUGACCCCAAAAGCUCUCUGUUUUACCAUAGAAGAAUACCGAAAAAGAGGAACCAAGCGUUAGUUCCUGUUGCAAGGAUAUUUGGGCCAGCCAUAUUUGAAGCAUCAAAGCUAAAGGUUCUGUUCUUAGGAGUGGAUGAAAAGAAACAUCCUGGGAAUCUUCCAAGGACUUACACACUUACUCAUAGUGAUGUAACCUCAAAGCUCACUCUGGCCAUCUCACAGACUAUAAACAAUUCUCAGUUGCAAGGGUGGUACAACAAAUUACAAAGAGAUGAGGUUGUGGCAGAAUGGAGGAAAGUAAAGGACAAGAUGUCUCUCCAUGUUCAUUGCCAUAUAAGUGGAGGUCAUUUCCUUUUGGAUUUGUUUUCAAGGCUGAGAUACUUCAUCUUCUGCAAAGAGCUUCCUGUUGUUUUGAAGGCCUUUAUUCAUGGAGAUGGCAACCUGUUCAACAGUUACCCAGAAUUGGAGGAGGCUUUGGUUUGGGUUUACUUUCACUCCAACAUUCCAGAAUUCAACAAGGUUGAAUGUUGGGGCCCACUCAGGAAUGCAACAGCACCGUCUGGUAGGGGACACCAGAAGGCAGCUUCCUCAAGCAACCAGGAGGACUUUGUGCCAGAACCAUGCCAAGAGGACUGUAGCUGUUGCUUCCCACCACUGAGCUCCAUCCCAUGGCCCCAAGAGCUUCCCCAGCCAGAUGAAACUGGAUAUGGGGCCCAGCAGAGCUUUCUGGGGAAGACCCAAGAACCAAACUAAAAUUUUUCUCUGGUUCUUCAUAUUGGUUAAUGUAAGAACAAAAAUGUAAAUAGAGACCUAGUUAUUUGUCCCAUUUGGGUUUUCAUAGUCUUUGUUUGGACUUAAGUUGAUGCAUAUGUAUAUACCUGUCCGGUGACUCCAGUCCGAUUCCAGAUUCUUCUGGCCAAAUUAUUGUAAUAUUUAACUAUAAUUGGUCAGUAUCAUAUUCUUUUUUUUUCUUUUUCUCCUA